AUGCUCUUCUUCAAAGUUAGGAGGUUGAUGGAGCAAUCUAGGGAAAGGAAGCGAGAUUUACAUAUGGUGUUCAUCGACUUAGAGAAGGCGUACGAUAAAGUGCCGAGGAAGGUGUUGUGGAGAUGUUUGAAGGUUAGCGGCGUACGUGUUGCAUACAUUAGGGCUAUUCAAGACGUGUACGAUGGAGCUAAGACUCGGGUGAGGACAGUGGGAGGGGACUCUGAACACUUCCCGGUUGUCAUGAGGUUGCAUCAGGGGUCAGCCCUUAGCCCCUUUCUGUUUGCCCUGGCAAUCAACGCACUAACGUGUCACAUUCAAGGGGAGGUUCUGUGGUGUAUGUUAUUUGCAAAUGACAUUGUACUGAUUGACGAGACACGAGGUGGUGUUAACGAGAGGUUAGAGGUUUGGAAGCAGACUCUCGAGUCUAAAGGUUUCAAGUUGAACAGGACAAAAACAGAAUACUUGGAGUGCUAG